AUGCUGUCUUGUAGAGCAGCGCUGCCGAUGGGCUUCUUUGACGUCGCUUUGACGACUCACGUGCGGCAUCUCUCCGUGCGCACGGAGGACUUCUUCAGUAAGGAGGCAAUCAGCCAUGCGAGGCGGGUCAGUUGGGCACCGCACACCACAGAGAAGAAACAGGGCGCAUUUGCCAAGCUGGCACGCUCUAAUUUCUCUGAUCCACUGCCAGCCGGGUUUACACAGGAGCCGUACUACGAGGAAGAAAUUGAGGCACACCGCCUUCAUCACAGGCCGGAUGUGUACAUUUACAAGUACAACGUUUCUCCUACCCACAUGUCUCUUCGCGAGUAA